CAUAGAAUAAUCAACAACCCGGCUUCUAGAACCACGUUGUGGAUGUAGUAGUCAUACCGAGCAUUGUUGUACAGAACCCAGUCUACUGGCGUCUUUGCACAAUAGUCUUUCAACAUGGGGCUUCCAUGGCUGGACCAACCGGUUAUGCUACAUUCCUCUCGAGCAGAUGAUUGCACCUUGACACCAGAACAGUGUGCCUAUCGCCACGGGCAUUGGAGAUACUGGUACCAAUCUGACCAUGUCUACGCUUUGAAUACUAUAUACUUCUUAUGUGCAACUGUCGGGGUUUUCACUAUACUGCACCUGAUUUCCAAGCACAGCCCCAUCUCAUUCAAGAGGUCUGCUGUCUGGCGAAAAUCAACAGCAGCAGGGAGAUAUCUGGUCUACAAAUGCUUCCAACUACCCGUGUUGCGUUCCUGCACCUAUUCGCUGGGAGUCCUUCUCCUGGUGCUGAUAGGAGCAGUAUUCUUCUUCGCCAUGACCCUGGGGCCCCGGCCUUACUACUGGCCCAAUACGGCAACAGUCUCUUAUGGAGGUAGUCCGCCGAUUGCGACGAGAAGCGGAUGGAUGGCGUUGGCUUUGCUCCCAUUUGUCUUGGCACUGAGUGCGAAAACCAAUCUUAUCUCAGCAUUGACCGGAGUGCCUCAUGAGAAGCUUCAAGUCUUUCACCACUGGACCAGCUACGCUAUGUUUGUCCUGGCGCUCAUACAUACGUUUCCUUUCAUAGUAUAUCACAUUGAUAAAGGUGAUAUGGUCGAGCAGUGGAAAACCGAAGUGACAUACUGGACCGGAGUUGCUGCUUUGAUUCCGCAGGCAUACUUGACACUCAUGUCAUUGCCAGCUAUCAGGAACCGUUUCUACGAAUUUUUCAAAGCCACCCACUUUCUCGCCGCUUUGCUUUUCAUCAUAUUCUUCUUCUUCCACUGUGACUUCCGUCUGACUUCAUGGGACUACUUCAUCGCCACCGGAGCCAUCUACCUCCUCAGUCUCUGUAUAUCCAACGUUCGCACCUACUUCAUGCACGGCCGCCACACAGCCAUAAUCGAGUAUCUCCCCUGCGGUCUCGUCCGGAUCAGGAUCCCCACCAUCAUGACAUGGCGCCCAGGCCAACACGUCUUCGUCCGGUUCCUCAGCCUUCAGCAAGGCAUCCACUGCUUCAGUACCCACCCAUUCACCAUCUGCUCUCUCUACCACGGCCCCAAACAAACCGGCAAAGCGCCAGAAAUCACCUUCUACAUCAAGCCACGCCGAGGACUAACAGCCAGUCUGGGCAACACCGCCCUCGAGAAACCUAACUCAUCCGAAACCGUGUUCCUCGAAGGUCCAUACGGCGGUAUAUCCAAAUCCACCGAUAUCUCACGAUUCGAUACUCUCAUCCUCAUCACCGGUGGCACAGGCGGCGGCUUCUCCCUCCCAAUCCUCGAAGAAGCACUCAGAGCAUACCGCCAACAGCCUACCAAACCCACCCCAACGAUCCAACUCUAUUUCGCAACCCGAACCCAUACCCUAGCAGACUGGUACCGCGAAGCAAUCAACUCCAAACUUGCAGCCUACAGCAUCCCCGACGACAAAAUCUCCCUAUCCAUCUACAUCACCUCGACAACUCAACUUUCCACCCCAGCGUCCGGCUCCCCUCUCCUACUUUCCUCAGGCGAAAAGGGGAGAUCUCCAGACUCCAUCCACGGCGUCCCAUCCCAGACAGACAUAAACCCAGACACGGUCCAGGUAGGGAGCCGACCCGACAUCUCAGGCAUCAUCACCGCCAGCACAACAUCACCCACGGCGCGCCACAUCGCCAUCUUCACAUGUGGACCGGCGUCCAUGAUCCACGAUGUCCAGAACGCGGCCGCGGAGGCGCAAAGCCAGGUGAUCCGCAAAGGCUCCUCCGUGGAGGAGGUAUAUCUGCAUACGGAACCGUUUUCGUGGUAAAUAUUACAAUUUAUAACAUCUGGAUAUCCUCGGCAUUUGGUUAGUAUACACAGACGUCUUGUUUGCCUUACCCUGGCCUGCCUGUAAUUAAAAAGCGCGACAGUACAUAAAUACUCUCCUUUCGUCUUGAUACUUCUUCCC